AUGUCUAGUCAACCAGAAUAUGGAUCUUAUGCAGCCAACAACUCUUUAUGCUCAGACGCAAACUCACAAAUGACUGGUAUAGAUCGAGAGUCAGACCUUUGUUCGACCGAUCUAGCUCAGGUUAUUGCACAAUGGAUGGAUGAACAGCCAACACAGUGCUUGAAGGUCAUACAUACAGUACUUGCACACCAUUGCAUCAAAACCAGGUUCAAGCGUGAUAUCCAUUACGCUCCUCAUACAAAAUGCGCUGAUAAUGGGUCAAUUAUCAAAACAACUAGCGAAUGUGUUCUACGCGACAUUAACGAAGACGUGUUUAACCGUAUCAACGAUCUUGAUGAAGCGUGCUUGAUACCAGAGCCCUUCCCUAUGGAGGGUGUGGCCUUAAAUGAAGGUUCUACCAUGGAAAGACAUUGCAAUCAAUAUGAGACAGAAAGCGAUGAAUUGCAGUACCGUGAUUUUGAAGGAAACGAUGCACAAUACGACAUUGAAGGCGAUGAUGCACAAUCAACACAAAGCAAUGGGGAUCAAAAUGUUAUGGAGGGGAAUGAUGCACGAGCAAUGCAAUGCGAUGAUGGCCAAGAAGAUGCUAUGGAAGGAAGUAACAUGCACGCAAUGCAAUGCAAUGAUGGUCAACAUGAUUCAGAAAGCAAUCAUAUACAAACAAUACGUCUUGACGAUGAUAGCGAUGACGACCUAGUGGAAGAAAAUUGUAUACAAAGGAGGAACCGAGGUAGAAAUGUCGUACAACAUGCGUGCAAUGAAAUGACCACAGGAGAUGACAAUGACCCAUUUGCUAGCGCAUCUCCUAAGCUUUUAGCUGUAUUGCAUUACAUGCGUCUUCGUGUUCCAAACAAGUUCAGAGUGGACCCGGCAGUUAUCCAAGCAGCACUGCAACUUUUUGAUGACAGCAGCAAUAUCCGUAUGCCAGUUCUUCGAUGCAAUGAUAAUGGCCUAGAUAUGGAAGAUUUGAUAUCAGUGACAACAAUGCGAGCACGAAGUACAAUGUAUACAUUUGCAGCUUACACAUUCAACUUGAACGCAUUGGCAUGUCUAUAUGCAGCAACCACCGAAAUAAAGCCUGUUACCCCUGAUCAUAACUAUCAUCUCAUUUCCUAUCGGAAAGUGGUUAUAGACCGCAAAAGAUCAAGCAUUGCAAGAGCAGGGAGGAUCUUGCUUAGGAUUGCUGCCAAGGUUGGUCCUUUGAUCUUGCUUUGUCCACUGCACCUGCGUUGGGACCAAUUAGGAAAUCUACGUGGUCGCGAAGCAAACAUCCUCGUCAACAAUUUCGAGGACUUGCUCAGAGAUUUCCCAUCGAAUGAGUUUGGAUUUAAUGCUGUUCGGUAUCAUGAUUUGAGGCGGUUUUGGACUUGGGUUCAGAAGCUUUGUACACUAUGCAGUAUUAGAACUAGCCCACAUGUUGGUGGUAUAUAUUACACUCGAUGA